AUGGCAGCAGGUGUUUACCCUGUGAGUAUUUUGGAAGAUGACCCCGCAGGGCACGGGGAAGCGGCCCUGGCUUACUGUGCCACACUUAGGGAAGGGGCACGGAGCUCACCAGAGGUUUUCUCUCUUCCCACUGGAGAGCAGGUGAAACUUGAAGCUUCAUCAGUUUGCUUUUGUGCUGUGUACCACGAUGCACCACAGCACAAAAUCUUGGUCUUGGUUAAUCCUCAGGACACAAAGACAGUCAUGGCUGUUUACAUGAAGGUGUCCUGGUGGGCCACCAAAGAUGCGCUGAGAACCUCUGAUCCUGCAAGAGAAGGUCUGAUGAAGGUUCAGUCAUUUGGGGAAAGGAUGGUGCUUUUCCUUCUAAAUGUUGUUAUUUUUGGAAGAUUGGAGAGGAAUUUGGAUGACGAUAACAUGUUUUUUUUACCUCACUCUGGGAAAGAGGAGGCUAAAAUUCUGUGGAGAGAUGGAGCAGCUGUUGGAUUCUAUAUAACCAAAGCGAAAGGCAGCCUGUGUGGCGAUGGCACGGGUGCCUGCUACCUGCUGCCCAUCUUCGACACCGUGUUUUUCAGGAGAAGGUACCACCGCCAGGGCCUGGGCCUGGCCAUGCUGUGGGACUUCUGUGAUACGUUCCGAGAGGACGAGGCCCUGGGCGUCAGCUGGCCGAUUUCCGCCGCCAUGUACCAAGUCUGUAGGAAGUUCCUGGCAGCCCAUCCAGAGGAGCGGGGGCGCCUGUGGGAGGUGGAGUCCCCGGGAGCCUGGGGCCAGCGAGGCAGCACCUGGCUGAAGGUUCAGCUUCAACAAUUAAGAGAUCCAGAUUGUGAGUUGGGGUGGAGACCAUGCCCUUUGGUCUGGUAAUUUCUAGCGUCAGGAACGGAGGCGCAGACUAACGUCUGCAGACGUGGGCGGGCUGGCCAGAUGUUCCCUUUGUUGCUGAUGCAGGAACAGAGGAGGGCGUGACACUGGGCUGGUGCCAUCCUGGCUUCCUUCCACGUCCCUUUCUGAGUGAGCCGCACCUUCCAGACCCUCUUGCUCAAAUAGAUCUCCCCAAAUUUAACCAAACCAGAAACUCCCUGGGACUAAGUGUUCCCUAUUUACAAUCAGAAAGAAUCAUUGAAACAUGUGAGAGGAUUAAUUGCUUCUAACAGAAGUCCGGUGGAAAACAUGAUUUCCAGUAGGCAAUGUGUGCAUCUGGGAAAAAUUCUGAGAUUCACAGGAUUUCCUGGCAGAGCAAGCCCCUGUCCCCUCUCCCUCCGGGAGGGCUCACGCAGGCGCGAGGCAGUGGCUCAUGUUUGGCGUCUGCACGUGCCCGCCUUGUCCCUCUGAUCCUGUCUGAUGGCAGCAUGCGGGUGAGCUGCUGGUUGUUGGGCAGCCCUCGUUACACACACGCUGUCUUCAGCAAGUUUGCGGUGAGCUUUCGAUGCAGUGUCUGUGCCCAGGUUGGGGGUCCCAGGGCAGGGAUGGGAAUACCUUUCAGUAGCCAGAGGGGCACGCAGGCCGGCAGACUCACUCAUCUCUGGGUGUCCAGGCUGCUUUCUGACAGUGCUCCUUCCACCUCUCCCGAGUGUGGGAGGGAAGGAGCCCCCAGGGGAGGUGCGG